ACCCAACUACAGUAGGAAAUGAACAUAGCAUAUGGUAAUUCAUGAGAUGACUUCAAAUGCUUAGAUAAUCUUUAUCAUUUGUAAUUGUAAAUAUACAGUAAGAGAUGGUAAAUCACUUACGUUCCACCAUUUACUUGAAUGCUGGCGACUCUGUCCUGGAAGCCAUAGCACCACAAACUUGGGAUGUCCUCAUCAGAAACCUCCAUCUUACGACCAUCAAAGUUCAUGCACUCAUACAGACAGAUGUUAUGGUCCUGUGGGUCCUACAUGGAGAAAGAAACAGUUGAAACUGUUUUUACAUUUCUCCUAUGAUUAAUUGGUUAUGGUUAGUGAUAAAAUGGACUGAUAUAAUGUUCUCCCACCAUUCUGACGGGCCGGACAGACAUGAGGCGAUCACAUCGGUAGCUGUUGGACCAAGUGUCCCAGCGAGGGUAUUCUCCCCUCUCCAGCAUGAACAUCUCACCAGUCAUAUCCUGUUGCUCAAAACCCACCCAUCUGCAAGACAGAGGAGGGCAAACAUACUGUAAAUGGUCUAUCAGCAUUGAGAUAUCUUCAAGGAUGGCUCUGACUAAUCCCAUACCAAUGGGGCCAUGGAAGCUCACAGUCUAUGACCAAGAGAACUUCCAAGGCAAGCGCAUGGAGUUCACCUCAGCCUGUCCAAACAUAAUGGAAUGUGGCAUGGAUACUGUCCGCUCUCUGAAAGUGGAGUGUGGCGCAUGGGUGGGCUUCGAGCAUUCCAGCUUCUGUGGGCAGCAGUUCAUCUUGGAGAGAGGCGACUACCCUCGCUGGGAGUCCUGGAGCGGCAGCAAUGCCUACCACAUCGAGAGGCUAAUAUCCUUCCGGCCAAUCUGCUCUGCUAACCACAAGGAGUCAAAGAUUACCGUCUUUGAGCGAGAGAACUUUAUCGGACACCAGUGGGAGAUAACUGAUGACUACCCCUCUCUCCAGGCCAUGGGCUGGCCCUCCAAUGAGAUCGGAUCAAUGCAGGUGCAAAGUGGGGCCUGGGUUUGUUACCAGUACCCCGGCUACCGUGGUUACCAGUACAUCAUGGAGUGUGACCACCAUGGCGGCGAGUACAAACACUACAGGGAGUGGGGCUCCCACGCUCAGACCUUCCAGGUGCAGUCCCUCCGCCGGGUUCAACAGUGAGGGCAGCUCGCCCAGCUCCCUUCCUCCCUCCCCCACCUCCUCCUCCUCUUCCUCCACCUCCACCUCUUCCUCACCUCCACCCCUUCAUUCCGAUACCGGCAAGCCCAGCACAGGCUGAACGUCUGGUGCAUUUGGCAAAUGUUUACAGCGCUUUCUUCUUUCUGCAUUCCAUCGAUUUGAAAGAAAAGAGUCAGAGGAAGAACUCAAGCAGACUGAUUCUGUGAGCGGCACAGUGGUGUGAUUUAAGCUUUGCUUCUCAUCACUGUCAUGAUGCAGUCUGUGCAAAAGAGAUCAAUAAAGGGUACACACUUGAAAAACAACCAUUGUGAGAGUUUAUUUGAUGCAUGUAGUGUAGUUUGAAACUAACUUUGUAAAAUGGCCCAAAUUGUAACCAUCAUUAGCACUAAUAUAUCCUAUAACUAUUGUUAAAAAGAGUUGAUUUCCAUUGGCUUGUGAGUACAGUGAAAAAUAGGCUGCAAAGCUGAAAAUGAAUAAAUAAAAGUUUAUUGUUGUUUUCAACUA